AUGUCGGUAUUAGUGGGAGAGAAAGUUGAUGAUAAAAAAGAUGGAAUUAAUGAUAAUGAUGAUAAUGAUGAAAUACAACAUGAAUUAAUGGAAUGGCAUCCGAUCAGUGGAUUACUCGCUCUAACAACAUAUCGCGCAAAUGUCGGAAGUGAAAUUAGUUUUUUCACUCAUCAAGCUAAUAAAAGUGAUCAUUUGCCCAUUCGUAAAGCGAACGCACGUGUAAUAUGUCUUUGCUGGCACCCUGUAAUUGAUAUUAUUGCAAUCAGUUGGGAUUCUGGUGAUGUUACGUUUCGUUUUAUUCAAAAUGAUGAAGUCUUAUGGAGAAUUGUAAGAGAUAAUAGAAAAGGAACGUUGAAAGUCGUAGUUAGUGGUACAAUCAAUGAAGAAGCAAAUUGUAUUUGUCGAAGGAUAUUGAAAAGCAAUUCAUUGGAACAUGCUGAAGAUACGAAACAAAUAAAUGCCGAACUGAAGGAUAAAUGUAAAAAGCCUCACAUGGAAGUAUCAUCAAUGAAUAAUGAAAAGAUGGAUUCAAAUGAAUGUUUUAUUAUUGGUGAUGAAAAUGGUGGCAUUCACGUUUUUCAUCAUAAUGGCGAAAUUCGAGAAAUUUAUCGGUUGGAUAGUGCGGUGAUACAGCUAUUCUACAUUGAAACGAAAAAUUUAUUGUUAGCUUUAAGCCGAGAAUUAUUCCUUCAUCAAUUCAUAUUCAUCGAUGAUUGUAAAGUUGAGGAGAAAAUUCGUGUUAAGAUAAAUGGAAAAUGGCCAAAUUUUCAAAUAAUAACGAUGAGAACUGAUAUGCUUGCUAUGUGUGAUGGUGAAAAUGAAAUAAAGAUUUGGGAUUUAAAGAAUGAUGAUAAUGGAGUUAUAUCGCUAAAAACAUCAAAAGGUUUCAGUGCCACAGAUACUAUCACUUGUUUAUCAUAUUCAAAUAUUAAAGAUUGUUUAUCAGGUGGAACAGCAGAUGGUAAAAUUGCUAAUUGGCGACAUUAUCACAGAGAUGCCGAAAAACUUAGUCAGCAAUGGAUUUUGCAAGAAGCAAUCAAUAUUGAAUCUAAAAUUAAAAUGAUUAGUUGGUCAACUAUUUCUGGUGUCCUUGCUGUUUCAACGGGAGAUGCUGUGACAUUAUUGAAGGAACAACCAAUUCUUUCACAUAUGAAUGGAAAUAUAGCGGUGUUACAAACAAGUUCAAGAAAAGUUUCACUGAUAUGUUUACAAUCAAUGGAACAACAUGAUAUAGAGAUAUCAAUUAUCUUAAAAGGACUUCAUAUGGGUGAAAAAUAUUUGGCACUUUGGGAUGAUCAACAUGUAUAUUUAUAUGAAAUAAUUAAUGAAUCCAAUGGAAAAUUAGGCGUACAAUCAGCAUCAGUUUUCAACUGUUUAACUUCGAGUGUUGUAUUAUAUCAACAGAAUGUUUGUUGCAUCGAAGAUGAUAAAAUUCGAAUUAGAACAUUUCAGGGUACUGUAAAGCAGGUAAUUUCGAUGCCUGAAAUAGAAGGUAAUCCGAUAAUGAUUGAUAUUAAUAAUUCCUGGUUGUGUAUUGUUAGUAUUAAUGGAUUUAUACGUAUUUAUGAUUUAUCUGGAAGAGAAGCACGCCAGCAAUAUCAUUCAAAAUAUAUUCCAAAAGUGGUGCAAAACUUUAAAUAUUUUUUAAGCGUUAAGCUUAACAAAUCAGGCAAUCGUGUCAGCUUCACUUAUUGCACUGAUGAUAACGGAAAUGUUUAUCCAGCUAUUAUGGUCUGGGAUGCUGAUUCAGAUAUUGUUUCAAAUUUCAAUUUUAUCACCGGUAUGACCGAUCAACAACAAUAUGAGGCAGAUAAUAAUGCUACACUUAUUGCUAACAAACGGUCAAAUACUGCUGUUGUACGUAAAAUUGAAAAGGAACAAGUACGUUAUCAUCUCCCGGAUUACUUACCUGGUUUUCAUUGCUGGGAUAGUAAUGAUUCACGUUAUUUGAUAUGUGAAGCAAAUUAUUGCAAAUCAAAUACUGGGCCAAAUUAUUUCUUAUCAAUAUUUAUAACAUCAGAAGAUGGCUUAUAUAUGCAAGAUUUACAUUUGCAAUCUCGAAAUGCUGAAGUUUUACUCGGUUGUACAGUACCAUAUAUUUAUUUUGUUCGUAGGGAUAAUGAUGAAAAAGAAGAUCGAAAUAACGAAAUGAAUAUUAGAAAUUUGUUAUUACGUCAAGUUCUUCGAGAAUUUAUUGGUAUUGAAAAUUCUGAUGCAACAAUUAAAGAUGCAAUGAUGAACUUUUCAUAUUAUAUAACAGUUGAUAAAAUGGAUGAAGCAUUUAAAGCUAUAAAAUUUAUUAAAAGUGAAAAUGCUUGGGAACAUAUGGCACAUAUGUGUGUCAAAACGCGACGUCUUGAUGUUGCUUUGGUAUGCCUCGGGAAUAUGGGGCAUGCUUAUGGUGCACGAGCUUUAAGAAAAUCAAUGAAAAAUGGUGAUCCUAUUGAGGUUCAAGUGGCUACAUUGGCCAUUCAACUAGGCCUAUUAGAUGAUGCACGGGCACUUUUUGAAAGCUGCCGUCGAUAUGAUUUGGUUAAUCGCCUUUUACAAACACGAAAUCGUUGGGAUGAAGCUUUUAAAAUUGCUGAAAAGCAUGAUCGAAUACAUCUAAAGAAUACCUACUACAAUUAUGCAAAUUAUCUCGAAUCACUUAAUUCAAUUGACAGUGCAAUUGAAAACUACGAAAAAUCAGGCACUCAUUGUUUUGAAGUACCACGAAUGCUAUUUGAUCAUCCUAAAUUACUUGAAUCAUAUGUGAAGAAAACAAAAGAUCCUGGUAUACAAAAAUGGUGGGCUCAAUAUAUGGAAAGUAAAGGUGAUAUUAAAACAGCACAUUUAUAUUAUCAGCACGCCAAAGAUUAUUUAUCGGUUGUUCGUUUACUUUGUCAUAUCAAUAAUAUAAAUGAAGCAAUUGAAGUAGCGAAUACUAGUGGUGAUAAAGCAUCGUGCUAUCAUUUGGGACAAUAUUUUGAAGCGCAUGAUGAUGUAAAUAUGGCAGUAGCAUUUUUCACAAAAGCACAUUCAUGCAGGAAUGCAUUACGUCUUGCGAAAGAGAAUAAUAUGAAAGAUAAAAUUGCUAAUUUGGCUUUAAUGGCUGGUGGAAAUGAAUUGGUUGAAGCAGCACAAUAUUAUGAAAAUAUACCGGGUGAAGCUGAUAAAGCUGUCAUGUUAUAUCAUAAGGCUGGUAUGAUUAGUCGAGCACUUGAUUUGGCAUUUCGUACCGAGCAAUUUAGUGCAUUAGAUUUGAUUACCAAUGAGCUCGAUCAAAAUUCAGAUCCACGAAUUCUUGAACGAGCUGCGGAAUUUUUCAAAACUAAUCAACAAUAUAAUAAAGCUGUUCAACUUUUAGCUUAUUCAAAAAAGUACUCCGAAGCAAUUGAUUUAUGCAAACAGCGAAAUGUUCCAAUGAAUGAGGCAUUAGCGGAAGCUUUAACACCUUCAAAAGGAGAAAUAUCAAAUGAAGCUGAUCGGAUAAAACUUCUGGAAUCAAUAGCCGAAUGUUGCGUACAACAACGGAAUUAUCAUUUUGCUGCGAAAAAAUAUACACAAGCUGGAAAUAAGCUGGAUGCUAUGCGAUCGUUAAUCAAAUCCGGUGAUACUGGAAGGAUUAUAUUUUUUGCAACAGCAGCAAGAAAUAAAGAAAUUUAUAUUCUAGCAGCUAAUUAUUUGCAAACAUUGAAUUGGAAGGAAGAUAGUGAUCUAAUGAAACAAAUUGAAUUAUUUUAUAAUAAAGCUAACGCAUACGAACAUUUGUCUAGCUUCUAUGAAGCUUGUGCGCAGGUUGAAAUUGAUGAUUAUCGUGAUUAUAAUAAAGCGAUCGAUGCACUUAAUGAAUCAUUACGUUGUAUUACAAAAGCAUUACAAAAUAAUCCUAAAAAAAAUGAUGAAUAUUUAACGGAAAAACAAGCGAGAUUACAUGAAACUAUUGGAAAUAUUAAAGAAUUCAUUGAAAUUAGAAAUAUUUAUGAAUUGGAUCCAAUCGAUGCAAUUCGACAACUAGAAGCAUUUGCAGAUGAUACACAAGUUUGUACGAAUAUACGACUUGGCGAUAUUUAUGCUGUGAUGAUCGCACAUUAUGUUCACACAACAGAUUAUACAAAAGCUUACUCAUUGAUACAACAAUUGAAAGAACGUGAACCAUAUAUCGAAUUGAAUCAUUAUUUGAGCAAAGAAAUACAAGACGUCAUUUGUGAUAAGCUAAAAUUACGUGAUUUUACUACGGAUGAAAAAAAUACAUCAAAAAUCAAUGAAGAUCAACAAUUUGAUGAUGAUAAUGACAAUGAUGAUAAUGAAGUGGAUUAUAGCUAUGCAAUGAAAAGACAUUUUCAACAAGAUAACAAAACAUUAGAUGGAGAAGAUUUUUGA